AUGGAGGACGACCGUGUCAACGAGCGGGCCUUGCUUCGCAAGAUGGACGCACGGUUGUUGCCCGCUGUCGGGGUCUUGUAUCUGCUCUCCUUCCUGGACCGCAGCAACGUGGGCAACGCCCGCAUAGAGGGCCUCGCAGACGAUGUCCACAUGACGGGGAACCAGUACCUCACUGGGCUGACGCUCUAUUUCGUGGGAUACGUCCUCUUUGAAAUCCCCUGCAAUAUCAUCCUCAAGCGAACGAGUCCGAGAUUCUGGCUGCCGACAUUGACCGUCGCAUGGGGCAUCGUCUCGACGCUGAUGGGAAUUGUCCAGGAUCUGGCGGGCUUUUUCGUCGCGCGCUUCUUCCUGGGCGUCACCGAGUCAGGGCUUUUCCCGGGUGUUGUAUACUACUUCUCCAUGUGGUACAAGAGACGUGAGCGGCAGUUCCGCGUCUCGCUCUUCUUUAGCUCCGCGGCCCUGGCGGGUUCCUUUGGUGGGAUAUUGGCCUAUGGAAUUGGGCAUAUGAAGGGCAUCGUAUGGCCAAACGGCUGGCGCUGGAUCUUUAUCCUUGAAGGAAUUGCCACAGUCGUGGUCGCUGUUGCAGCCUACUGGUUCAUCUACAACUAUCCAGACACAGCCGAGUUCCUCUCGGACAAGGAGCGCAGCUUCAUCCGGAGCCGCCUUGCCUCGGACAGUGACGCGACCCAUGAUGAACGGUUCAGCUGGGACAAUGUUGUCAAGGCGCUGCGAGACCCGAAAUGCUGGCUUUACGGGAUGAGUUUCCACACCAUGAGCCUGCCUCUUUAUACCUUCUCAUUAUUCCUGCCAACCAUCAUCAAGGAUCUCGGGUACACAGCAGCCAAGGCCCAGCUCCUUACCAUCCCGCCGUACGCAUUCGCAUUCGUGACCACACUGGCAACGGCAGCCGUCUCAGAGCGACUAGGGAAACGUGCCGUUCCGCUGAUCUGCUCGGCGCUGUUCGCCAUGAUCGGGUACAUCCUCCUCCUCGCGAACACAGACCCGGCGGGACGGCCAGGCAUCUCGUACUCAGGCACCUUCUUUGCCGCGGGUGGCAUCUAUCCGGCGACGGCACUGGCGCUCUCGUGGCCGGCCAUCAACGUAUCAGGCCAGACAAAGCGGGCUGUGGCCAACGCCAUGCAGAUCAGCAUCGGCAACCUCGGCGCCGUGCUCGGCACGCAGCUGUAUCGCAGCGGUGACGCGCCUCGUUAUAUUGUCGGGCAUAGUUUUGCGCUUGGCUAUCUGGCUGGCAAUGCUGCCGUUUCUUUGGCCCUGUACUUGCUGUUGAGGAGGGAGAACCGGCGACGUGAGACGAUGGCCGAGGAGGUGAAGGAGGUGGGUGAGCUGGUCGAUUGGCGUGGAGAUGAUGAUCCUAGAUGGAGAUUCCAGUUUUAG